AUGGUCUCAGAAAAUGCAGUGGCCGGGCAACGGACGGGUCCCAGCAAGCUCUACUCGAAUGUGACCUCUCCGAACAUGGACAAGGCACAGGCGCAUGCAGAUAGACGGGUGCACAUGGGCAUGUGUGCGACCACCGGCCGCCCCCACCCCCGACGGCAGAGCUCUUCCAAGGUUGCUCUCCGCCUUGUUCUGGACCCGGCAGAAUUUCUGAGCGCAGCUGGGACCUCUGCUUUGGUCUGGUCGAUCAACCCACGCAACCAUCGCCAGUCGAGCCUCGCGCGUCAAGCCAAGCCACACCACACCACACCAGUACGAGGAGCGCGGUCGUGGGGGCAGAAGACGGUCAAGAUGAUUCAAUUAAAGACAAUGCUCAACUGCAUCGACAACUCGGGCGCCGCCCUGGUCGAGUGCGCGAUGGUGGUGGGCCAGAAGCGGCACGCCAGCAUCGGCGACCGCAUCGUGUGCGUGGUGCAGCAGCAGCGCGGCGCCAACGCCGAGGGCAUGAGCGCCGCGUCCGGCAACAAGGUCAAGCGCGGCGACAUCCGCCACGCCGUCGUCGUGCGCACAAAGUACAAGGUCCAGCGCCAGGACGGCAGCGUCGUGCGCUUCGACGACAACGCCUGCGUCCUCAUCAACAAGGCCGGCGACCCCAUCGGCUCCCGCAUCAACGGCGUCGUCGGCGCGGAGCUGCGCCGCAAGAAGUGGAGCAAGAUCCUCAGCAUGGCCUCCAUGCACGCCUAG